AUGAUUGAUACUGGUUCAACAAUAUCAGCUAUAAAUGCAACGUAUCUGAAGAAACUGAACAUUAAACAAGAUACUUAUUCAACGACAAUUCCCUGUAAAACGGCUAACAACAGUGAAUUGCACAUUUCUGGUAUAAUCGUGUUACCUAUAACUAUAAACGACAUACAAAUGAAAGUUCAUACUUUCAUCAUCGACGAUUUAUGUACUGAUUUACUACUUGGUGGAGAUUUUUGCGACUUAUAUCAGGUUAACAUCGAUUAUAGUAAAAAGUGUCUUUCUUUUAAAAGUCAAAAUCACAGAACAGCAGUCAAGUUUGAUAAAUAUGUGAAUGAACAACAAGUUUUUAAUGUGAAAACAAUGAAUGAAAUUACGAUACCUCCAUUAUCAGCUAAGAUUAUUCAAGCAAUAACAACCGCACCGUCAAUGUCAGCCAUAUUUACACCUUCGUCAAACAGCUUAAACAAGAAAUAUAUCAUCGCUCCGCAUGCUAUUUUAAUGAUCGAUAACAACAAGACGACGUUCCUUACUUUACUGAACACAACAUCAGUCAUGCAAACGAUUGCGAAAGGUACGAAUGUGGGUCAAGUCAAAUAUCAUGAAGACAACACAUGUUACUAUGCGUGUCCUGGGAAACCAUCGAUUAUGAAAACAAACAAUGUUAGUCAUCGUAUCCCGAUCCAACAACAGCAUCACCCAAUUCAAUCAUAUCCAUAUCGCAGACCAGCUAAAGAAACUCAAAUCAUAAAUCAACAAGUCAAAGAAAUGUUGAAUAAUCAUAUUAUUCGUCCAAGUUCAAGUUCAUGCUCAUCACCAGUGGAGGGCAUCAAACCAACAACAACUAAUGUGAAGAAAACAAUCGAUUUUCCAGUACCUAAUUCAGCUAAAGCAGCAUAUUCAUUUGUUCAAAUGGCACAAUUUUAUCGACGGUCCAUUAAAAAUUUUGCUAACAUUGCGGCUCCAUUAAAUGUAUUUAAGACAAAGAACGUCAAAUUCAUAUGGACAAAAGAAUGCCAAAAGUCUUUUGAUACACUUAAGAAACAACUAUCUCAGUAUCCUCUACUAGUAUUUUACGGCGGUAAAUCAAAAUUGAAAUUGAAGAUUAGUACCGACGCAUCGAAUAUGGGAAUAGGUGGAGUAUUGCAUCAAGUCAACCGUGAUGGACACCUUCAACCGGUUCAAUAUUGA